AUGAGUCUGUCUAUUGCCAAUCUCAUUAUGAAGUUCUGUCAGCAUGGACACAAGAAAUUAAGACUAGGAAGUCAAGUUCAGAAGAUGGGAGGCUGUGGCAACUGUAACAAAGCCAUAAAACCAGCUGCGAAGGCUAGGAAGGAGGCAAUCGUGGGAAAUAAUACAAACUUGUUAUCUCUUGCACAGGAGGAUCAAAAGAGGGCUGGCCAGAUUGAAGGAGAUAAUAAGCUCUUGGAAAGGCUAGCUGAGAUACAGCAAAGGACAGGGAGGGUGGGCUGUUGGAAUGAACACUUUCAGAGGAAAUUCAACUGCAUUGUCAUCCUCAAGCUCCCUGAAAAUGUGUUUUCAAAUGUGUUCAUUUUUGUUUAUACCUCAAAUAGAGGCAAGCAGAACAGGAAAAUAAUGAACAGCACUGUGGAAAAUCAAGGUAUUUUGAAGAGGCUUGUUGACUGUAAGCCUACCUACAAUCAAAAGAAUUCUGAGACUGGUUGGCAGGGAUGUACUUUAGUUUUUGUUUUGUGUAAAUAUUGUAACUUCAAACUAAAUAAAUUGUGUUGGGAUGCUUUUAAAAUUGUGGCUAUUUAGUUAACUGUAUAUUGAACAAGAAAAAACCUAUACCUUAAAAAAAUCUGAAAGUAAUAAGAAAACAUUAAGUAAUUAGAAAAGGGAGCAAGGGAAGCAUUUUGUAGAACAAAAUUAAGUUAAAAAUUUGAGUUGAAGGGCUGCCUAUAUUAAAAAAAUCAUGUGUGGUGUUAGUGCUAAUGGCUGCUUUGCUGAAGUUGUGUUUUGUUGCUAUUUUAUUCUGGUAUUCUCAAUAAAUAUUGCCAGUAUUUUAGUAUAAAGAAAAUGUGCCAGUUCGUUACAUUCAAGACUUAAAUCUUUCUAUUGGCUACUUACAUGCAUAAGCAAAAAUACUAAUUUGUUAGGGCACAGCAAUAAACCAUAAUGUUCUGUUUCUUUGUAAAAAGAUCACCAGAACAAGAACCUUGCUUUUACAUUACAGAAGUGGAACCUAAUUUCAGUACAGGCCCAGCCAACUUUUCACUGAAAGUUUAGGAAGCCAUUGAAUCCUAGGCAGGUUUUUUUGCUGUGUCUUUUCAACUUGCUAUUUAGGAGCUUGAGAAGCUCACAGGUUUUACUACUUACAAUUGUAGCCCUUUUUUCCCCCCAUGAGACACAGCAUAUGAUGGGUUGUACAACUGUAAGGGAAAGCAUCUUUGUCCCCCAUAUUCCCCUUGCUCCUCCUCAGGUUCUCUACAACAAGUUUUUCUAUACUAUCUGAAAGGGCAAAACAAAGCAGUAUUUUAGUGCAUUCUUAAUACCUCAAAUAUGAGGUACCUGGAAUACCUGGUUGUAAAAGUAGCUGAUGAUGGACACUUUUUGAACUUACAUAAUUUGUUUCCCAUUCUAGACAAACUAAGAUAUGUUUAU